GACAUCCCGUCAUCCGUCAAUUCUAUGACUUUUGUGAAAGUAAAAAUAACAAAAACAUUUUAAUAAACUAGUUUUCCUAAUAAACUACAACGAAAAUGACUACCAUCGACGAGCAAGCAGUCUUCGCCAAACUCGAAGCCCUUAAAGAAAUCAGAUCCAAAACAAUUCAAUUGGAGAAACUGAAAGCCCGGUUGUUAUUAGAAAUCGACUCGCAGGAUCAAGAGGAGAAAUGCCUAUCGGAGUACAAGCAAGAAAUGGAUUUGCUACUGCAAGAAAAAAUGUCCCAUGUGGAAGAAUUGCGACAAAUCCACGCCGAUAUAAACGCCAUGGAAGGCGUAAUAAAGCAAGCGGAAGAGAGCAGAACAAGAUCAAUGUCGGCUGCUAUUCGAAUACACGAAGAAUACGCGCCCCUUAAAAGCGAAAUAGACCGACUGAGAAGGGACUGCUUGGGGUUAGAAAGGCUCCCGGAACUGCACGAAGAGGAAGGAACCAGCGUCACUCCAGAAAUGUCGUUCUUUUACAGGAAAUUCUCGCAAUUGUACAACUCCACGAAAUCCCAAACGUCCGUAUUCGCCAAAUCCGCCGAUUGGAACCGGCCGAUCGGACACAGCGAAAACACCAUGGGUUCCCUGGCGGCGCCGCCGCUGCCGCCCACCUUCCUGCCGCCCCCGAAUCCCCUUAGACUGGUCGCCAAUAAGCCGGAGGCCGGCCGACCCGGCGGGAUUCCCUCGUCUCCGCAUUCCGGACCGCCUACGCCUACUUUCAGACAACAGCCGCCUCCGAUGAAGUCUUGUUUGAGUUGCCAUCAGCAGAUUCACAGGAACGCGCCGAUUUGUCCUUUGUGCAAGGCGAAAUCCAGAUCGCGCAAUCCGAAGAAACCGAAAAAGAAGGACAUCAAUUAAUUGCCCCUAUUCGCCGGCGUGAGUUUGUUAGAUUUUAAUCAUUAAUGUAUUACAUAGGGAUAAAACGGCAAAUGAAUUUUCAAUGUUCUCUAAAAAAAAAUUAAGGUGUUUUUAUGUUGGAGAUGCCUGAAUUUUACAGGCGUAACGAGUCGAAAUUAAUUUAUAAAUAGGGAUACUUCUAACUUAUAACAAUAGCUUUAAUUUCGUAUUGUGUUCGUAUUUAAAUCGAUGUGUGUGAUCGUUCUUUUUUUAUGUACUUACCUCCUAAGAAUAAAAUUGCUAAUUUGUU